CAACCUUCAACUUAGCAGCAUACAGGGAGAAAGUCAUUUUUAAUUGUUUAUGUGUGAUAGAAUCGUGUAGGAAGUGACAUGGGAGAAAUUGCCGCGUGCAGUUGGUUUUCUUGGACAUUAUAUUGCAUCGGUUCCGUAACGGUGUUGUACUACCUGCUCAGGUGGUCGUGGCAGUGUUGGCAUGGAUUCAGAGUGUAUUUGAUGUCUGAGAUCUGGCAAACGGACCUGAAGUUAUAUGGGCAGUGGGCAGUUGUGACCGGGGCUACGUCAGGGAUUGGUCGAGCAUAUGCCGAAGAGCUUGCGAAACGAGGCUUAGAUGUUGUACUGAUCAGUCGCUCUGAGGAAAAGCUUCACGGUGUUGCCAAGGAAAUCGAGUCUCGGUUUAGGUGUCAGACUCGAAUGAUUCAGGCAGACUUCACUGAAGGUCAUUCCAUCUACUCGGCUAUUAAACAGCAGCUGGAGGGCCUGGAGAUCGGAAUUCUGGUAAACAAUGUAGGUAUGAACUAUACUGGAAUUCUGGCAAAUUUCCUAGAUGUUCCAGACCCAGACCAGAGAAUCACACAGGUGAUAAAUUGUAACAUACUCUCUGUCACUCAGAUGAGCAGACUCAUUUUGCCAUGCAUGGUUGAAAGAGGAAAAGGUCUCAUUAUAAACAUAUCAUCAGAGGCCGCCUCUCAACCCCAGCCAAUGCUGUCUAUAUAUUCUGCUACUAAGGUGUUUGUAACAUAUUUCUCUCGCUGUCUGAAUGCAGAAUACAGAUCGCGAGGAAUCAUUGUGCAGUGUGUAGCCCCAUUUGUGGUCUCUACUAAUAUGACUCAUAAUGUUCCUGUGAAUCCUCUGGUGAAAAGUCCUGCUUCAUUUGCUAGAGAUGCUCUGAACACUGUUGGAUACUCAACAUACACAAGUGGAUGUUUAACUCAUGCACUACAGCACAUUGCUCUGUCCAUCAUUUUUCCUGACUGGCUUCGUCUCUCUUCUUUCUGUGUGCAGCGCAUGGCAAAAUUUGCUAACAAAAUCGAACCAGAAAUUACGAAAAGAAUAAACAACAAACAGGACUGACCGAAUCAAACACACACACACAGUGGUUUACAAAGUAAAAGCUGGUUAGGAUUGUAGGAUUGCAGACAAAUACAAACAUUUAUAUUAGUGAUGCACCGAUGUAUCGGCCGCCGAUAUUUAUCAGCCGAUUUUAGAUGAAUUUGAAACCAUCAGCAUAUCGUCAAUAGCACAAGAAAGGCCGAUACCGAUUGUUUAUUAAUUAACUGCAUAAAGAAAUCCAUUAUAUGUAAAAAAUUAGUUAAUGUUGUUAAUAAAAUAAAUGCUGAAUAGCAAAAACCACCUUUGAAGGUUGUCAUGCUGUCUUAUUAUAUUUUUUUAGCUUAAUUUGUGCCUCUUUUAUUAUGUUGGUCAGUUGAAUGUUAAUUAGAUCCAAUCCAUGUUCAGUAAAAAUAAUUUGAUGCAGAAAUAAACUAGCUAAUAGACCAACUGUAUAGUGUUGUAUACAAGUGUUUAAUAUCGGCAUCGGUAUCGGCCAGAAGUUGUGGGUUUAAAUCGGUAUCGGCCAAAAAAAUCCUAUCGGUGCAUCCCUAAUUUAUAUAUUUUUAUAUUACCAUAUAAAUGGCACCCACUUAAUUUCUUGCUACAAAUUUGUAUUCUUGUUUUUCUGCAUCCAAAUCUAAAAACCCCAUUUACAUUGUAUGACAUGUUUUCACUUUAAUUUAUCAGAGUAAACAUGCAUUCUCUAUUAAUGUACAUAAUAUACAGUAUAUUUAUAGCACUGUACUGUAAAGGCGGGGUGCAUGAUCUCUGAAAGCCAAUGUUGAUAUUUGAAAUCACACAAUAGAUUCUGGACCUUCUUUUGAUAGACCCGCCCCACACACAUACCCAGGCAAUGAUGUCGGUUAGUAGACACGCCCCUUACUGCUGAUUGGCUACAAGCGUGUUUUGGUACUCGGCCCGACAAAAUCAUGCACCCCGCCUUUAAUUAGUGUCCCUGGCAUUCCUGAAAAUGAAAUCAAGUUAAAGUGCUUUGUAGCCUUGGGUGUCACUACACACCUUUCCCUAAAUCGGCUUUGGUGACAUUCAAAGUAACGU